UUGCAUUUAGUAUAUAAAAUCAUUUUUGUUAGGAUUUCAUUUUUAAAAGGAAAAUUUGUGGUGGAAAUUUUGUUUAGAUGAGUGCUUUGUUUCGCAGUUUAAAUAGUGGUUUUUCCACUAAACGUGAAAAUGCCAUUAAGGAGGCCAUUUUAGAGGCUUUACAGGAAAAUGUUAAAGAAAUUGAAUAUGAAGUGCAAGAAAAUGCUAAAGAAUAUCUGGAACUGUGUGAAAGUACCAGCUCAUUGUCCACUACCUUAGAGGCUAUAUUUUUGCAUGGUCUAAAGGAUUCAUUUUUAUGGCAAACUUUAAAUAUUAUUGCCGGAGAUGUGGAAAGACGACCAGAACCCAGUUUUUGGUCUCCCAUAAUGGUGUUUAUGCAUAAGGAGGUUAUAGAGCAGAUUACCACUUUAUCGCAAAUUACCUCUGAAAUAGGACAAUGUCGUGCCUGGAUACGUUUAUCGCUCAACGAUUGCUUACUUUCUUCUUAUCUCAAUAACAUGACUAAAAAUUCUUCUUCCCUUUCUCCAUACUACAAAAAAUUUGCCUUUAUGAAAGACACCAAACGUUUGGAAACAGCAGCCGCCCUAUUAAAUACUUUAGAAGCUAAAGUGCAAUUUAAAUUACCCUUUAAUUCCAGCCUUUUGAACCAAUGGCCCGAUUAUGCUUUACAAUUGUCGGGUCUCUGGACUCCUACCUUAAAAUCUUGUCCCAUUGCAAGUGGUUUAGAUAUAGCGGGUUCUUUGGCUGAGGAAACAAGAGCCAUACCUUUACCUCAGCCAGUGCGCACUAAUGAAUUGUUUUCCGAGUCCAUAGCUAACAGUCCUUUUCGUAGGACAGACAAUUUUCCAGUAGAUGAUUUGAAUACACGCAUAAAUAUAGAUUUAUUUUUACAAAAAGUCGAUGAAAUGGAAGAAGAUGAAACAUUGGAAGCUGGGACAAUUAUUAAAGAUAAAGUGGAGAAAAACAAGGAAGAAGAAAGCAUCAAGACUAAGGAGGAUGAAAUAAAGGAUACGGAUAAUGUGGAAAAUGUUGUAAGUGGUGGUAAUUCUUUAAGUAAUCUAAUGCAAAAGUCCUGGUGUUCGGAUGUCAGCAGUGCAGAGAGAUGCAGCUUAGAUGAAAGAGAACGUGUUAAUCCUUUUCAAAGAUCUUUAAGUUUAACCAGUUCAGCCAGUUCUUUACGUUCACCUAUGGGUGAUCGAUGUAGCUAUAAUACUUUAUUGCGUAAACAUGAACGUCAGCGUGAAAUCGAUUGGACGGAAGUGUGGGAAAAGUUUUUACUACAAAACACCACUGCUUUGUCUCAGUCACAAACGACUUUACACAAUGAGGAGCAGGCGGACAACAAACAAGAAACAGAAGAUAAUUUAGAUACCGAAUCCAAUGCAAGUAAAUCAGAUUUUGAAUUAGUUUCGGGCAGUGCCAUAGAAAAGUUCGAUAUAGAAGAAUUACAAGAAAUGGUAGAGCAAUUAUGUAAAUUAGCCCGUGAGCCGGGCUUAGAUGCUCAGGGUUUUCUAUGUAAAUCCUGUCAACAUCCUUUGGGUAUAGGUUAUUCUAAUUUUAGAGUAUGCGCCUUUAGUGGCAAUUAUUAUUGUGAUAAUUGCAUGGAUUUAGAACCCUUAUUAAUACCGGCCAAGAUUAUCUAUAACUGGGAUUUUCGUAAAUAUAAUGUUUCCAAAAAGGCAGCCUCAUUUUUGGCAGAAUUUCGCAGUCAGCCCUUUAUAGAUUUACAGAUCUUAAACCCCGAUAUUUAUAAUGCCUCAGAGGCCAUGGCUGAACUGCAAGCCUUACGUAUACGUCUCAACUUUAUACGAGCCUAUCUUUGCACCUGUAGCCCCAAAAGUUUUGAGGAAUUGCAACGUCAAUUCUUUGGCAAAGAGUAUUUAUACGAGCAUAUACAUCAGUAUUCUAUCAGUGAUUUAGCCAUGAUCCAGAGAGGUACUUUGUAUCAACAAUUACACAAGGCUUUUAAACUGGGCGAAGCUCAUAUUCUGAAAUGUGCUCUAUGCAGUUAUAAAGGAUUUAUUUGUGAAAUAUGCAAUAGUUCACGUAUAUUGUAUCCUUUUCAUAUAGAAACUACUUUUAGGUGUUCUCCUUGCGGUGCGGUAUUCCAUGCGGAUUGUUUAAAUGAAAAACAACCUUGUCCGAAAUGUGAAAGACGUCGUAAACGUGUCUGUACUAUUACACCUGAGGUGGAGGAGAAUAAGCAGGAGAUUUUAGAUUAAAGACUAGUUGUCUUAAAGCAAGGACAUUUUAUUUAUAUUUUAUAAUAUAUUUAUAAUAAUCUAUUAUAUGUUUAUUAAGCUUUAAAUAUAUAUUAACGGAAAAAAUAUAUAGUAAUAAACGCUUUAGCAGCAGA